GGGAAAGCUAUUCGAAAUAAUGUCAACAGAGACAUUAACUCCGUAGAGGAGCGAGAUGCUACUUUUCAGGUUGUGCAGACUGAAAUUAUGGCUGGCUUGUACCACAGCUUGAAGUUACCAAACAAAGAAAGACACAAGUAUUGCCCAAACAAUUCUUGGUGCAGGUACAAGAAGAAAAUUCCUUGCCCUGAUAAGCCUCACCACUUAGAUCCGGUGUUUGAAAAGUACUUGUGUCCAAUUUAUGAGAGGCUCAGUGAUCCUGCCCUUAUUUCACACUGUCUUCCUGGGUUUACUCAAAAUAAAUAUGAGUCUAUCAAUUCAUUAGUGUGGAUUAGAUGCCCAAAACAUAAAUGGCAUGGAAGGAAAAGAAUUCUUUUGGCAACAGCAUCAGCUACCCUUCAAUUUAGUGCAGGAGCAACGGCAAAGCAUGAGGUGAUGGCAAGGGCAUGGCUUGCUGUUAGGGGCCACACCAGGAAAGAGAGCACUAGAAGAGACUCUGAGCGAAUUAAAAAGGCUGAAAAAAGGAUCCAGGAUCAACAUAAGAAAUACAGAGUUGCUCGAAGACAAGCAAAACAAAGAGAUGAGGAGCAGCGGAGACAAAAAGAGGGCACAACGUACAGUGCUGGUGCUUUCAACGAACUCACUGUUACUACAGCACCAGCGAAAAAGAGAAAAAAAUAA